CUUCCGGGUUCCGCUGUGGGCGCUUCCGGCGGCGCUCCCGGGCGGGGCCGGGGCGCGCCCGCCAUGCGCUACAACGAGCGCGAGCUGCUGUCCCUGGCCCGGCAGCCCGCAGAGAAAGCGGCCGAGAUCCGCAUGAGCGUCCCCAAGAAGGGCAGCGUGCUGAAGAAGCGCCUGGUGAAGCUCGUGGUGAAUUUCCUCUUCUAUUUCCGCACUGAUGAGGCCGAGCCCAUUGGAGCUCUGCUGCUGGAGCACUGCAAGAUCACCAAAGAGGAGGAGAACAUCUUCUCCAUCAGUUUCAUCGAGGAGCCAGAGAGGAAAUACUGCUUUGAGUGUGCCACGGAGGAGCAGUGCCAGGAGUGGGUCGAGGCACUCAGGAGAGCCAGCUACGAGUUCCUGAGGAGGAGCCUGAUCUUCUACAGGAACGAGAUCCAGAAGAUGACAGGGAAGGACCCCCUGGAGCAGUAUGGGAUCUCUGAGGAAGCUCGUUUCCAGCUGGGAGCCCACAGGCAGUGACCCCCCUCACCUGGCUGCAGCUGCCUCUGGCUCCACCCAGCCCUGCAAGGACAGCAGCUCCCACUGUGACCACAGGACUCUUUUAUUUAUUACCCAAAUCGUUUUGUACUUUUUUUUUUUUUUUUUUUUUAAGGGACUUUGUUGCACAUUCCCAGUUCCCCAGCUGGGGAGGCUGAGCUGCUCUGUGGGUGCUGCAGUGGGGGCAGAGCCCCCAGCCCUGGGAUGAGCAGGGGACUGAGGGCUCCCAGCUCCUGCUGGGGCCUCCUGAGCAGCUCCAGCCCUUCUGCUCUGCCUGUCCUGAGGGGCUGCUGGCCUUCCCUGGCUCAGGAUCCUCCUGCAGUCCCAGGAGCUGUGGCUCAUUCCUGGCUGUAAGAGCAUGUUGGGACUGAUUCCUGGGCUCCAGGGUUAACCCCCUCCUGCCCCUCCAGGGAGGAGUGGGAAUUCCUCCAGCUCAGAUGGAGAGGGAAAUCUGCUCCCCUGUGCAGCCAUGGCCUUUUGGGCUCUUUUUUCCCUCCCCUGGGCAAGUGCUGGAAUUCCUGGGGGCUGGAUAAACCCAUCCAAAAGAACAAAGCUGCAGCACACGAGGGAACAAAGACAGGGAGAGAUCCCUGAGCACUCUGCCUGUCUGCAGAGCUCUGCAGAGCUCCAGCUUCCCAGGGAGGAGAGGCAGAUGGAGGAGCUGGCAAAGGCAGGAGCUGCUGCCUUUGGCUGGAGGAUGGAGCUGCAGGACUGCAGCCAGGCAUUAACCCUUCAUUCCCUGGGCCACUGCUGCAGCUUUUCUCCCCUCUCUGUGUCCCCUUUGUCCAAAGGGACAGACCAAAAAACUGUGCCAAGGUCACAGGGAACCAGGGCUGCCUGUCCUGCAGCUCCUGCAGGAGAGAUAAAGAUUAGCAAUAACAUCCCAUAGGAUCAGCCCUGGCUGCAGCUGCACCAAGGAAAACUGCCCAGAAAUGAGGGAUGGAGGACACUCCCCACACCCAGGGCUGCUGCAGACCCUGGUUGGUGAUGCCAGAGCAGCUUCCUGGAACCAGCCCAGGAAAAGCCUCUGGGCAGGGCCCAGGUGUCACUGUCAGAGGUUCUGGCAGCAGGAAUGGGGCUGGGGCUGGGCUUUGGGAGCUGCAGCUCUGGGUGUUGUUCCCCUCAGGCUGCUCAGCCCGAGGAGGGGGUGGAGCAGCCUCUGAGCUGGGAUUGAAGGGAAUUCUGGGGUCUUUUCCUCCUUGGCUGGGAAUUCAUGCCCAAAGCAGAGCCCACACUGCAGCCUUUGGGAUCCUGCUGUUCCCUCUUUACCUCAUGCAGCUGAGUAGCAGGAGUGACACCUGUCACUGAUGCUUUUGUUUUAAUCUCAAAGCUGAGAUUUUUCCCUCCCCAGAUACUCCCUUUCCCUUGAAUCAUUCCAGGUGCUUGCUUCAGAAAUGACCAAAAGAGCCGAGGGCAGCAGGGAGGGAGCAGUCCAGGGGGGGUUGCCAACAGAUGGCAGCUGCAGGGAAGCAGCAGCCAGGGAUUAAAAGCAGGAACACACAGAACUGUGCUUUAGGGAAUCAGUGUCCCUGGAUGACUCCAAAGUGCAUUUUAAUCCUGCCCAGGCUGCAUUUUUACAAAGCAGAGCUGAGUUCUCAGCUGGGCUGGCAGCACUGCAGCAGGUGUGUCACCUGUGCCUUGCUCUCAGUGCCUCCUGCUGGACCUUUCCCCAGCUGGAGCUGCCACCCUCCAGUGUCACUGCAGAAAUGGGUGUUUUGUUUGCUGUUCCAGGGAACAGUUGGGUGAGCAAGAGCAAAGCCCAACACUGAUUUCAAUGUUCAUCACCAAUGACAUUUCUUAACUGAAUGUACAACAAAAGCUGUGAAGAGUUCCCAGGGCCAGGCCAGGCCCAGGGACUCAGAUCCAUUGUGGGGCAGGGCUGGGACACGGGUGGGAUUUGGGGAGGGAGGAUGGUACUUUGUAUACACUUGGAAAUCUGUAUCAACUGCUGGUGAUUUACAGACAAUUGCUCGUUUUUCACACUCUGACUUUGCUUGUUGUGUUUCAGCUUCAGCUGGGUCCAGGCUCCCUAGAGCCAGCUGAAGCCAUUUCUCUGUUGUACAGUGAACAUUCCCAAUAAAUUCUGUUUUAAUCU